AGGCAUCCUGGGAGACAUUAAAGGCAGAACGGAGCGGAGUCCGGUGGAAAUGGUUGGAGCUUUUCCGACUCGCUCGAAUUCAAAGGUGGUGUCACUCUGAAGAGAAUAAAUAACCAGAAGCAGAAGCAAUCGAAUCAUAUCAAUCAGUUGGGGAUAUUCCUGGUGUCUGAGAUUAUGCUGUGACUGUAGCUGCAACAUCAAUAAUAGAGGAGAAUACGUUCUUGCAUACCAGAAGUUACUUGUAUUUGCCAUGGCCUUUCCAGAGCCCAAGCCCAAAAAGCCUGAGCUUCCAAAGAAACUGUUUGCUACACUGGAAUGUAAACAGGGAGCUGUCAGAGCAGUGAGAUUCAAUGUGGAUGGAAAUUAUUGCCUCACCUGUGGUAGCGACAAAUCGCUUAAGCUGUGGAACCCUCACAAAGGAACACUUCUUAAAACAUACAGUGGCCAUGGCUAUGAAGUCCUGGAUGCAGCAGGGUCAUUUGAUAACAGCCAGCUUUGCUCGUGUGGAGCAGAUAAAACAGUGGUGCUAUGGGAUGUUGCUACAGGGCAGGUGAUCCGCAAGUUCCGUGGCCAUGCAGGGAAGGUAAAUUGUGUCCAGUUCAACGAGGAGGCAACUGUGAUCCUAUCUGGUUCCAUAGACUCCAGUGUCCGCUGCUGGGACUGUCGCUCGCGCAGAUCAGACCCCAUCCAGAUACUAGACGAGGCCAAGGAUGGUGUCUCCAGUCUGAAGGUGUCCGACCAUGAAAUCCUUACAGGUUCUGUGGAUGGGCGUGUCCGGCGCUAUGACCUCCGUAUUGGGGAGCUUUACUCUGAUUACACUGGAAGCCCAAUCACCUGUGUGUGUUUCAGCAAAGAUGGCCAAUGUACACUGGUGGCUAGUUUGGAUUCUACGCUGCGAUUGCUGGACAAGGAGACAGGCGAGCUACUAGGAGAAUAUACUGGCCACAAAAACGUAACAUACAAGAUGGACUGCUGUAUGAGUGAGAGAGACACACAUGUUGGGAGCUGUUCUGAGGAUGGGAAGGUGUAUUUCUGGGACCUGGUUGAGGGAUCCCUGACCCUUGCUUUACCGGUGAGCAAAAGUGCAGUUCAGUCCCUGUCCUUCCAUCCCACCGAGACUUGUCUGCUCACUGCUGCUGAGGGCCUGGUCCAGCUCUGGAGGGAAGACUCUUACGUUGCUGAGGAAGGACUAGUUGCCUGAAUAUUGUUGUCCUUUCCUAAGCAGAUGGCCUGAGCUAGAGAGAGGACAUCCUCUGGCAUUUCUGUCUUCAGAAACACAGAAGAUGUGUGCUACCUUCAGGGAGGAGUGUGGCAGGGGACCUGAAAUAACCACAGUUUUGACUCUGUGACUUGAGCAGGACCAACUGUUGUUUAGAAGACCUGGCAGAGUUGCUAUCUGGAUCAUCUUUAAGGUGGCAGAACACAAAGUGUUCCUAAUGCAUUUUUCAAUUCAGUGACGAACAGUUUUUGUAAAAAAAAAAAAAAAAAAAAAGAUCUUAUGAUGGAAUUUCAAACCGUUUCAUGGCUUGGAAGUCUGAAUAACCAAUUUUUGGGCUAGCAAGUCCUAUUUGUACAAGAUAAUAUAAGCACAACACUGGCUCAUAUACAACUAAUUUAUUCUUCAACCUGACCAACUCUCAAUCAUAAAUCUGCACCCCCUUUCACACAGACCAUCCAUACCUCUUACUUAUCCCAGUUCUCUGACAAACAAAUUACCAAAUGUUUGCCAUAUAUCUAUCUAUCUAUCUAUCUAUCUAUCUAUCUAUCUAUCUAUCUAUCUAUCUAUCUAUCUAUCUAUCUAUCUCGUGUCAGGAGUGACUUGAGAAACUGCAGCUCAUCCGCCUCUCCCCGGAUUUGAAUCUGCGACCUGUCGGUCUUCAGUCCUGCCAGCACAGGGGUUUAACCCACUGCGCCACCGGGGGCCACACAUAUGAACUUUGUAAUGUUGCAAGGUGUGUGUGUCUAGUCAAUUCAGCCUAUUUUGACAGAAUUGGCAUAUAUUCAAGUUUUCUUUCACAAUAUUGCUGAAACUUUUCCUUUUGCUAUAAGGAAAAGUCAGAAAAGUCUCUCUGGACAAUAAAUAGUUGAUUAGAAGGUUUGAGAACAACAGAAGUGGUGCUAUAUACAAAUCUUCCCUUGUGCAUGUUUGGGGCCAUCCAAUCAGAAUGCUCUUAUAGGGCUAAAAUUUUCAACACAUCUCCCUUCACUUUUGCAGUGUUUACUUAACUGUGUUCACCCUACACUGCUAGCUUGUGUAUCCAAGCCCACUGGCUGGCAUUCCCCUUUCCCUCUCCAUCAUACGUCCAAAAGAGCUUUGCUGGGUUGGAUGGACCACAGGCUCAUGUAGUCCUUGUGUUCCCAUAGUGGCCAGUCAGUUGCCCAAGGAAAGACCAUAAACAAUGAGGAAUGCCUCAGCACUGUGCCAGCUAUUGAGAGACAUAUGUUAAUUGGCACUGGAGCAUGUCUAUUCAUCCUAUUAGUAACUAUUCAUGGUUCUAUCAUUAUUAUUUAAACUACUCUGUAUAAAGUAGUUGCACUUCUCUUUUAGUUGCUUAGCAUUCUGAUUGGUUGAUUGAACCCAUUCAGCUUUAACAUUGGUCAAUGUUUCAUGUUGCCCCUUUGUUUCUCAACACUGAGAUGAUAGUUUUGAGUAACUCAGCCAUAGGUCACCAAACUGGGCAGCUCAGCUUAUUACAUCAUAUCCUGGUAAGAAGCACUUGUUUUGCCACAUUGUUUGAACUGGUUUUACGGGUCUGGGAAACCAACAGCCUUUUCUCACAGAGUCUGAUCUCCACAAUUGAUGUAUGAGGGAAUAGAGGCUUAGGUGCAUAGAAUUAGCAUUGCUUACAUUUUAAAGAGCUCUUUCCAAAACAGGGGCAACAUCUUCCUCUUGGCAUUCAGGUUCUUAUGGUACUCUGGACAAUCUGAACUGAUGGCCAUAAACCUCUGGAAUGUCCGUGGUGGCUCAGGUUUUGUUUGCCCUUACAUAUUUUGCAGCACUUACUGCUAUUCAAAUAAAAGGCUGACAUGAGUUGGA